AAAGGGUUUUAGGAAGCAGAAUUAUAAAAUGUCUUUCGCAAAUUUUUCAUCCAAAACAAUCUCAGAAGAGUCUGCUAAAUGUCAACUUGAGGCUUGAGUCUUGAAGAGAGAUACGAAUACGAGUAAAAAGAUCCCAAGUUUCAAAGCCAGCAAGCUUUUAAAACGUAGAGGAACUGUGAUGAAAUGCAAGCCAAUCUCUGUGUUAAGCAUUGGAUCUUCCCAAUCCCCAAGUAAGAGGGAUGCUUAUGCCAUGGUCUCCGAAAUGAAGUCCAAAGUACUGAAGGGAAAUGAUUCAAGCAAGGAAGAUUUCGAACGUUUCCGUAAAAGAUGCAGAACCAGCUCAGAUAUCGACUAUGUCUUUCAGAGACCAAACCUUAAGAAAAGACCAGAGGUGGAACAAUCUUUAGCCUCAUUCUUGGACAAUGAAGGAAUUUUUCAAAUAAACUUGAAAGUUGUACUAGACGAUUAUCAUUUUUAAGCAUCCUCACUGGUAGUAAGCUGGGCUUAUCCUGCUUAUACCAGAUGGAUAGCUGAUAUACUAAUCAUUUGAUCAUUUAUCAGUAAUUCAUA